UCAAAUGGUAUGGUGAAGACUUUUACCUCACGUGAUAAUUAGCAUAUAUUCGUCAUAAUAAAGUCAAAGAGAAACAAUUGUCAAAAAAAGUAAGAACUAUGGCUUCUUGUGGAAGUACAACCUCGAAGAUAUUUUUAACUGUGAUUGGAUUUAUUUUCUGGGGAGCUGCAGCAGCCCUCAUUUUCCUCGGUGCCUGGGUGUAUCACACUUACAACCACUUCAGUGAGCUGACAACAGCAAGCCUAACACUAGUACCUGCUGGAAUUGUCAUCAUCGUUGGCGUGUUUCUGUUUAUUCUCGGUUGCGUUGGAUGUGUGGGAGCCUGCAAGGAGAACAAAUGCAUACUGGCUGUGUUUUUUUCUCUGUUACUGAUUGUACUGACGGCAGAAGUUACAGCCGGUGUGUGCGGAUAUGUCUUUAGAAAAGAGUUGCAUAAGGCAGUGAAUGAUGGUUUGGAGAAUGCAGUCAACAAAUAUGGAAAUGACUCUUCAACGGAGAAAGAUCAAAUAGAUUAUCUUCAAUCUGAGUUGAAAUGCUGUGGUAUCAUGAAUGCUUCGGACUGGAAGACUGCUCAGCAGUGGAAAAUGAAUAUGGUUCCCUCCAGCUGCUGUAAUGUGUCCAACAUAACAUCGUGCGACCGUACGAUUAAGCUGGACAACAAGGAUAUAUAUAAAGAUGGUUGUUUGGACAAGUUGGAAAGGAAGUUUGAAAGAAACUUGGUGUAUAUUGCAGGCGUUGCAAUAACAUUUGCUGUGAUACAGCUUCUUGGAAUGAUCUGCAGUUGUAUACUACUGUGCCGCUCCCAAGAAGUACGUUACGAAAUCCUCGGAGGGCCCAACUCCGGUUUGAGAGUGUAGUGCGGAAAGAUACAUCUGUGAAUGUAUUUGACACAAAAAAAAUACAUGUAGCAACAUGAAAAUGCAGUGUGAUUGUCUAUAGUGACUUUUUAUCAUCUUCAAAAUUCUGAAAUUCUAAAAAAAAAAAAAAACGGAAAAA